AUGCCCAGCUCUACUGCAAUGGCAAUUGGAGCUCUCUCUAGUUCUCUUCUCGUAACCUGCUGCCUCAUGGUUGCCCUCUGUAGUUCCACUAUACCUGUACAAAAACUGGCCAAGGCUCAAGACAAACAGGAGAUAAAGGCAAGCCAGGAAAAGAGGGAUCACACAUCUACAAGGGACAGCCAGACAAGCCCAGGAAAAAUGAAUGAGAUCGGCAGAAGUGGGAGGGAAGAGGGUAGCAGGGACUGGAAGAGCAAAGGAAACAGGAACUACUCGAACAAGGAGUCUUGGACUAAGCAAAAGCAGGCUUGGAACAGCCAGGGGACGAGCAGUAAAUCUGGGAGCAUUCAAGUGCAAGAGCAAAGGGAUGCCGCUCCCGAGGAACCUCAGGUGGCUGAGGAUUCUCUUCCAGAAGCUGUUGCGAGCGUCACUCCUGAGCCGCCGGAGGAGUACGCCUAUCCAGACUACCGUGGGAAAGGCUGCGUGGACGAGAGCGGCUUUGUAUAUGCCAUCGGGGAGAAGUUUGCGCCAGGCCCCUCAGCCUGCCCCUGCCUCUGCACAGAGGAGGGCCCACUGUGCAUACAACCCGAGUGCCCUAGGCUCCACCCUCGAUGCAUCCAUGUGGACACCACGCAGUGCUGCCCGCAGUGCAAAGAGAGGAAGAACUACUGCGAGUUUCGAGGGAAAACCUACCAGACCCUAGAGGAGUUCAUGGUUUCUCCAUGUGAGAAGUGUCGGUGUGAAGCCAAUGGUGAAGUGCUGUGCACUGUCUCAGCUUGUCCCCAGACUGAGUGUGUGGAUCCUGUGUAUGAGCCUGAUCAGUGCUGUCCUAUCUGCAAGAAUGGCCCAAACUGCUUUGCAGAAACCACUGUCAUUCCAGCAGGCCGGGAGGUGAAAACUGAUGAAUGCACUAUAUGUCACUGUACUUACGAAGAAGGCACUUGGAGAAUUGAACGGCAAGCUAUGUGCACUAGACAUGAAUGCAAACAAAUAUAG